CAAUAAACCGAGAAUAAAUUGAUAAAACUUAACGCAAUCAGAUGUUCAUUUUUCGGUUUAUGACAUGUCCUUACCGAAAUUGAAUUCUUUAGUGGCUUAUCGAUUUUAGUUUCGAUUUUUGGGUAAUUGGUUAAUUUGGGUUUCCUAAUAGUUUAUGUUCGGUUACCUGACACGAACCUGGACCCCUAAGUAGCACUAGCUUAUUUUAUUUUAUUUAUUUAUUUAUUUUGGUGCAUACAGUAGCUUAUUUUAUCAACUCGAAACAAUAAUUUGUGUGUUUAGUCAGUUGUUUACUAACCAAGUAACCCAAUCACGUCCCCCCAAGCAGUUACGUAACUAGGUGGGCCUCUGGACCAUUCCAAACUUUCAUACUUGAAUGUCACCCGCGAGCCUGCUUCGCUUUAGGCCCAUUCACCAGUCACUAUGCCUCGCCAUUUUAGUGGGCUUAAAUUAAUCCUCCCGCACCCUCUCUCUCCCUUGUCCGCAUACAGCUAGGUAUUGGGCCCAACCCACUAUGCUGCCGUUAAUAUUAAGUUGGCAUAUGAUCGCCAUGUUAGCAUUUAAGUUACCACUAACGGGUAUGAUCAAUCUGACCUGAAAACCACACAUAUCUAGAUUCUAGACAAUGUAACAAAAAAUGCUUACAAAAGUUUGGCCCGUUAACAAAAUGUCAGCUGAACAAAGUAACAAAAUGGUCCUUGAGUUCGGACCUAAUAACAAAAUGGUAAAAAAAAAAAAAACUACGUAUUCCUGUUUUGUUCAUAGAUGGAUGAGGUACCAUCAUAAUAAAAGCCCAUAAUUGUCUUUAAAAAAAAAUAGUAGUGGGCUCAUUUGUUACAAAUGGAUAGGACAAACGGCUAAAUGGGUUCGUUUGGUUUUGGUGAUAGCUCGGUUGGGAUAGUUACAAUGCAUGCAAUGUCCACAAUGUAUCGUUUUUUUGAAUUUUCUGUGCAAACAAUACAUGCAUUGUUUGCUUGAUUUGACACAAACUAUCACUCAAAAUGAGUGAUAGUUAAAUCUCUAGUUUUCGUUAAGAUUGUUGAGAUUGUUUGACGGAGAUUGUUGUGUUUUCUUCUUCUUCUUUCAAAUAUGUAUCUACCUUUUUAUGUGUGUUGCUUUUUGUAUUAAAAAUAAAGGGUAAAAGUGACAUUUCACUCAAAAAUUGAUAUAAUUUAUUUAAAUACUACAAUAACUAUCACAAAAACCAAACGAUAUGUAAACUACAAUAGACCAAUUUUCCUAUAUACAUUUAUAUUAUUAUGCAUGCAUUGAUGACAAUACAUCGAUUUAACUAUCACCAAAACCAAACGACCCCUUUGAGAGACCAUGCCAUUGUCUGGUUCAAAUUCAUAGCUCCGUACCAACUAUGAGUCAUUGGGGGCCUCAAAGCCCAAAGGCCGAAAAUUGAAGAAGCGGAUUAUGGAUUGCAAAAUCGGGCCUCAGAGGCCCAAACAUUUAACAUUCGCGUAUGUUCUACACGCGCUUACGGACAAGAAGAGAGGAAGUUGAGAUUUAUAGGAGUGUGUGCCGAACGAGGAACCAUAUCAUUAUCCUCAUUCUUACGUAAUACAUACGUCAUCACCUCCUUCUCAUCAACUCUCCAAAUCAAAGACCAGACCGCCAAACUUUGUGUGUAUAUAUAAAAACCUCCAAAUCACACACGCAACAACAUUUCCCGAAAAGAUCAUUUCACUUUCCCCCAAUUUCAUCUCAUAAUUCAUAUCCCCCCUUUCUGUCUUCGUCGGAACCGAUUGCAAUGGAGAAAGCAAUCAACAGGCAGCGGAUCCUCCUCGAUCACCUCCGCCCUUCUUCCUCCUCCGAUCACGCCGCUCUCUCCGCUUCGGCUUGUUCAGCUGGGGAUAGCGCUGCCUACCAGAGGAACUCGGUGUUCGGCGACGAUGUCGUGAUCGUGGCGGCUUAUCGGACUGCCUUGUGCAAGUCUAAACGUGGAAGUUUCAAGGAUACAUUUGCCGAUGAUUUGCUUGCGCCAGUUUUGAAGGCAGUGAUAGAGAAAACAAAUCUUAACCCAAGCGAAAUUGGGGAUAUUGUUGUGGGAACGGUGUUGGCACCGGGAUCACAAAGAGCUAGUGAGUGCAGGAUGGCCUCAUUCUAUGCUGGUAUCCCUGAAACCGUGCCUGUCAGGACUGUUAACAGGCAAUGUUCAUCGGGUCUUCAGGCAGUUGCUGAUGUUGCUGCAGCUAUCAAAGCUGGGUUUUAUGACAUUGGCAUUGGAGCUGGGUUGGAGUCCAUGACCGUUAACCCGAUGGCUUGGGAUGGUGAUGUGAACCCAAAAGUGAAAAUUUUUGAACAAGCUCAAAAUUGCCUUCUGCCUAUGGGUGUCACUUCAGAAAAUGUUGCUCAUCGAUUCAGUGUGACUAGGAAGGAGCAAGAUGAAGCGGCAGUUGAUUCCCAUAGGAAAGCUGCUGCCGCUACUGCUGCUGGUAAAUUCAGGGAUGAAAUCAUCCCAGUUGCUACCAAGAUUGUUGACCCGAAGACUGGUGACGAGAAACCCAUCGUAGUUUCUGUUGAUGAUGGGAUUCGUCCUAACACAACUGUGGCGGAUUUGGGCAGAUUGAAGGCCGUCUUCAAGAAAGAUGGAACCACUACUGCUGGAAAUUCAAGCCAAGUGAGUGAUGGUGCUGGGGCUGUAUUGCUCAUGAGGAGAAGUGUUGCAAUGCAAAAGGGUCUACCCAUCCUCGGAGUGUUCAGGAGCUUUGCUGCUGUUGGUGUUGAUCCUGCCAUAAUGGGUGUUGGUCCAGCUGCUGCAAUUCCAGCAGCUGUUAAACUUGCUGGUCUGGAGCUUGAAGAUAUCGACCUUUUCGAGAUAAAUGAGGCAUUUGCUUCCCAGUUUGUCUACUGCCGCAAGAAGCUUGGACUUGACCCGGAGAAGAUCAAUGUCAAUGGAGGUGCAAUGGCCAUUGGACAUCCUUUGGGUGCAACAGGUGCUCGAUGUGUGGCUACUUUGCUGCAUGAGAUGAAGCGCCGUGGUAGAGACUCUCGCUUUGGAGUCAUUUCUAUGUGCAUAGGAACUGGAAUGGGUGCAGCAGCUGUUUUCGAAAGAGGGGAUUGUGUGGAUGGUCUUUGCAAUGCCAAGAAAAUAGACAGCCAAAACCUCUUAUCCAAAGAUGCCAAGUGAAAACCGAUCGUCGCUGCUUGGGGGAAUGAUUCCCGGAACCCUCUAAAGGAGAGGGCACAAAAUAAAGCAUUUGAUCUUCUGUUUGUUUAGAAAACUGGAAUUUGCCAAACCAGGUUUGGUUAUUUCGCAUUCGAUACACCAUUUGAAGGAACAACUGCCUUGAUCUUUGGCAGACCACCACCGUGAUGUCAUUGUUACUGGCCUUAAAUCCGCGUUUAGUUCAAUGGGUACUUACUCGCAUUUUUACUGCCUGGUCGUGUUUCUGCCUGCUUCUAGAAGCCGAAAUGUAUGAGUUCCAAUGGUACAACUUUAAGUUGUAAAGUUGUAUCAUAACAUAAGGGUACAAAUUCCUUUAUAGUACAACUUGAACUUAUACAUUUAAUAUUAUGGUACAAUUUCAAGUAGGGGUGAGAUUCGGUUUGUCGGUAAACGGUUUACCGUUUUACCGAACCGUUUAUCGACGGUAUCGGCGACCGAGCGUGGGUUGGGGGGUAUCGGUUUACCGAAACCGGUAUCGGUAAAUACCGACGGUAAAUCGGUAAACCGUUUACCGAAUCUCACUUCCCUCUCUUCCUCCCUCAUUAGGUGUCGUUAGGGGUUUGGCAGCCUUUCUAUUUACACGAACAUAGGAACUCCUCCUGCCACAGAAAUUAUUGGAGCCCAGAAUUCACCCACACUUCCUGUUACAACCAUCAGCCAUUUCCCGAAUAGCCAUCCCCUCACCGGAGCAUUCCAUCUGGUGGUUGCACCCCAGGAUCACUUUCUGCUCUCGGCUUACCAUAAUGGCGGUCGCCCCAUCAUCUGUGAAAUACCUACAGUCUUCUACCCCAUUCACUCUUCCCAGUCAACUUUCCCCCAAAUUUCAUCCCCGUUUCCCGUCCACUGCCGCCGCAAGGGCGAACUCCACUCUGGUGAGCCCGUCGUGUUCAAGGAUCUCUGGGACCAGAACGAGGUAUUAGAGCUAUAGUCUCCCCUCUUCUCGGUUCCUUCUGUUUUGUUCUUUGAGCUGGAUAUUCAUACAACUUUGAUUGUGCAGGGGAUGGCUGUUGUUGCACUGUUGAGACACUUUGGAUGUCCUUGCUGGUAAUUUGAAUUUCGCUACCCCAUUAAUUUGAUGGGGAUCAGCUUUGGUUUUUACUGAGCCGCCAUGGUUUCUGAUUGUUGUUGUUCAAUUUUUUGGCUGAAGUUGGGAACUGGCGUCAGAGUUGAAGGAAUUUGGUAAAUUCGGUAAACCGGUUUGUAACCGUUUACCGGUAAUUCGGUAAUCGGUAAACCGGUUACAAAUCGGUAUCGGUAAACGGUAAACGGUUUUGCCAGUGUCGGUAUACCGAAAUCGGUAAAUUCGGUAAACAAUUUACCGUUUAUCGACCGAUUCCCACCCCUAAUUUCAAGUUGUACAUUAGAGCACCCAUACUUUAGAACAUAGUAGAAGUGCUCCACAUUCAUGCACUCAAAUUCUUUUUUUUUUUCUUCUUUCUUUUUUAACCACUUUGUUCACAUAAAUUGUUAAACUUAAU